UGAUGAUGUUGAUGUUGGUGCAGGAUGGCGUAUUUCCAAGUGAGCUACGAGUUCUCAACGCUGCAGAAACUUCUCACUGACGCCACAAAACACUACACCAACCAGUUCAUCAGGCAGGCGUACGUGCUGCUGCUGGGUCUGGACGUGAUGGGUAACCCCGUGGCUCUGCUGCGAGGACUCUCAGAGGGAGUUGAAAGUCUCUUCUACGAACCUUACCAGGGAGCCAUCCACGGUCCGGAGGAGUUUGUGGAGGGAGUGGCACUGGGAGUGAAAAGCUUCCUGGGACACGCCGUGGGCGGUGCGGCUGGCAUGGCCUCCCUCAUCACAGGCAGCGUUGGCAAGGGCCUUGCCGCCGUCACGCUGGACGAGGAGUUCCAGCGGCAGCGCCGCGCCGACCGCAACCGCCCGGCGGGCGACCUCAAGGAGAGCCUGGCACGUGGCGGCAAGGGCCUGCUCAAGGGCGUUGUGGGUGGAGUGACUGGGAUCUUCACGAAGCCUGUGGAGGGCGCCAGGCAGGAGGGGGCUGCGGGGUUCUUCAAGGGGGUGGCCAAGGGGCUCGUUGGGGUCGUGGCCAAACCCACCGGGGGGGUCAUCGACAUGGCGAGCAGCACCCUGGACGGCAUCAAGAGAGUUGCUGAGUCCGUGGAGGAGGUGGUCAGGGUGAGACCUCCGCGCGUCAUUCACCCCGACGGAGUCGUCCGCCCGUACUGCCUGCGCGAGAGCACCGGGAACCAAGUGCUGCAGGAUUAAAGACACGCACACACACACAGACACACACACACAGACACACACACACAGACACACACACAGACACACACACACAGACACACACACAGACACACACACACAGACACACACACAGACACACACACACACAGACACACACACACAGACACACGCACAGACACACACACACACAGACACACACACAGACACACAGACACACAGACACACAACCACACAGACACACAGACACAGACAGACAGACACACACAGAUACACACAGACACACACAGACACAGACACACACACAGACACACACAGACACACACACAGACACACACAGACAGACACACACACAGACACACACAGACAGACACACACACAGACACACACAGACACACACAGACACACACACACAGACACACACACACAGACACACACACAGACAGACACACACACACAGACAGACACACACAGACACACACAGACACAGACACACACAGACAGACACACACACAGACACACACAGACAGACACACACACAGAUACACACAGACACACACAGACACACACAGACACACACACACAGACACACACACACAGACACACACACAGACAGACACACACACACAGACACACACAGACACACACAGACAGACACACAGACAGACACACACAGACAGACACACACAUACACACACAGACACACACACACACAGACACACACACACACAGACACACACACACACACACAGACACACACACACACAGACACACACACACACAGUCACACACACACAGACACACACAGACACGCACACACACACAGUCACACACACACAGACACACACAGACACAGUCACACACACACAGACAGACACGCACACACACACAGUCACACACACACACAGUCACACACACACAGACACACACAGACACGCACACACACACAGUCACACACACACAGACAGACACGCAGACAUUGUUGGAGUUUCCACUUGUGUGCUUAUGUGUGGUAUCUUUUCAUAUUGUGUGGAUAAUUACCAAUACUAAGUGCUUAAGUGCGGUAUCAUUUUUAAUUAGAGCCUUAUCAGUACUAUAAUUUACAAUGUGUAUUCUUAUGCGCUGUAUCUUUUAGAAUAUUUAAUGCCUGUACUUACGUGUAGUAUCCGAUAUGAGGGUGUAGUAUUAUUAGUGGUAUCAUUUUCAAUUGAUAUCCUUAUACGUGGUAUCCUUUCUAAGGGUGUAGUGUUUAUCUGUGGUAUAAUUUUAAAUGGGUAUCCUUAUGUGUGGUAUCCUUUCUAAUUGUUCAUUAUUAGUGGUACUGUAUCAGAUUGUGCAAUCUCGUCCUUAUCGAUGUUAGGUUUUCCAAUGACCUGUCUUAUCAGUGAUAUCAUUUCCAGUGUAUGCAUGCGUGCGAUUUGGUGCCAUUGAUGGGUAUCGGUAAAUAAACUGGUAUUGUAAAUGUUA